AUGAUUUCGCUCUAUGUAUGGAUACUGCUUUUUAAGGAAGCAUUUGGUUCCAUAUCUAUAAAGGUUGAACCCCUUGUUGUGAAGAUUGAUAAAUCAGAUAUAGACAUCAGGUGUAUGGUUGAUGGUACCACCCUAACUAGCAUUCUCAGUAUUCAACUGAUUAGAUCAAACACAACAGUUGUGACUGUAACGAAAAACAGAGUCGCCUGGGAAGAUGCAGCGUUGGAAAAUAAAACUGGGGUAACAGUCAAUGCGUCAAUUACCAAUGUCAUGUCAUCGUAUCUACAUUUGGAGAUUUUAAAGACAGUAGUCAGAUAUCCAGAUAGCUUUGGGUCGUAUCAAUGCUCUCUACUGGCUUUAGACUCACUCGGUGGAUUGGUAAACUAUCACUCUCUGAUUGUGAAUAUAACAGGGCUUCCCGAAACAACGAUUGAUACCCGUGACUUCACAACAGCUUUUUCCACGGAACAGUUUGUACAAGAAGGAACUUUUAAAAGUAAUAUAUCUGGAGGGACUUUCAUAAGUAAUGUAACAGAUGGCCCUUCGGAUCAUAAUAUUUCAAAGAUUUUACAAACGUAUAGAGCAGUUAUGACUCCUUUAAAGUCCUUUUUUCGUGUAUCUUUGUAUUUGUUAUCAUCCGUGAAAUACGUUUGUAUAAGUCUGCAACGAAUUGGAGAUUCAUUGGAUAAGAUUGUUUUCAAAAUUCAAUUUUAGCACAGAAUCUACGUUCCUUUUGUAGUAAAUUUAUAAAUUUUAAAGUUUGUAGCAAAUUGAUCUUUAAUUUUAUCAAUUAGUCAUUUGCGAAUAUUUUUUCAAUGAAAAAAGUAUUCCGAGUAAUUCCCUUAUAUAACACUACCGGUGUUUAUGAACUCUAGUGGGAAGACUAACAACGGGUUUGGUGGUAUAACAUUUACAAAAAGAUAUAUCUUCUCUUCCCCUAAAAAAAUACCAGUAUUUUAAGGCAUGUUUUUUCUUCUUUAUUUAAUCUUAGUCAGUUUGUUGUCUGCUUUUUGUAUGGUUUUUUUUAUUUUUGUUUUUGGGGGUUUUUUUGUGUUUGUUUUUGUUUGUUCUGGUUGGCCUAAUGACAUUCAACAUUUUUUAAAUCUGUUUGGUCAGAAUUAAGGGUACAGUAUAUUGUUUAGCUCCUUAUUAACGUUCGCUCCUAGCGACGAGGCGAGUAUGAUUGUAUUGCGGCUUUGACAAUCGCUAUGAAUAAAGAACGUUUUAAAUAUGUUUAGGAAAAUCAAAAUAAACUUGUGUAUAUUCUUAUACCACAGAUACAGGGUGAAUAAACGCUGUCAAUCGGGGAACGAAACCAACGGUUUCCUUUCUAAGCAUUCUGAUGAUGUGUUUUGGUUUUCCCAUACAAAGAUUAUUUAUUUUUACUUUUAUAAUCUUAUAAGAGAUUCAUAUUGCUGGUGAAAAUAGGUAAAAGUCUUUACCUUUUAUAGAUAACUAGACUUCGACCCGUGCGUGCACUGGUUGACAUUGCAUAUCGGACAUUUACGAAAUAGAUACAUCAACACAUCGUAUUACUGACAUUUACAUAACAAAGCUAUUAGCCCACAAUAAUGCUAUUAAUUUCACUACACUUUCCUUAGUUUGAAUAAUCUAACCGUGUCUCGGGAAAGGCCCUCACCACAGUGAGAGUGCCUUCCAUAUACCCGUAAUGUAGCAGAAAAUUGCAGAAUCGCUCCGGAACGAAUAUGGAGAAAAUUAAUGUAGUUGCCUUGAAAAUUCAAAUGAAUCAUAAUAAACCUUUUUUAGACUGUAAAUACAUUUCAUUUAAAAUUUUAAUCCAUAUAAUUGAAGAAUUCAACACUUUUUCACCAACGUACACGUAUUUUCUUUCCCACAGAGACAAUGCACUGAACGUAUUCUAUCGUAAAACUGGGCAUGUAGAACAUCAUUCAUUUUUACGAUAAUACAUAUUCUAUCUUCACUCUCCUAAGAAAUAUAAUGUGAUUUUUUUUGCAUGUAAUCAAAUAUUUUUUGUCAGCACGAAGACAAAGUAAGUACAUCUACUUAGUUGAAAUGUAUAUUUGUUAUUUUAUACUUUCUCUCAUAAGAAAUCUUUAAUAGAUAUGAACAGAAUAUAAAGCACAUUUCCAAUGAAAAUUAAUCCGUAUUUGUAUUACCUUUUCUGAGUUUAUUCAUGCAAAAAUGAUAUUAUGGAAACAUAAACUAAAGAUGCCGUUAGCGUGAAUGUAUUGCGCAAGCGCAAGAUUGUAAAAUCCAAAAAAAAUCCAGAUGAGUUCCGUGAUUUUAUGAGGAAUUUUCGUUGAUUAUUAAUUAACGAAGCUUAACUGAGAAAAAAUAAAAACAAAUUGGUAAUAUUCUAGUAUCAAUGACGUUUAGAAUAUAUAAAACAAAAGACAGUAUUCUUCUGAUUUUUCGGUAUUAGAGACCAAAAAUUCGAGUCUAUUAUUUUAAAAUAGAAGUAUAGAUUGAUUUGGACAGAAAAUUAUUUGAUGCUAUUAGACCAAACUGCAUUAUAUAGAAAUGUUACAUUUGAUUGUUAUGACAACAAUGCAAUCAUGUUCAAGGGUUUUUGUUUGUAAUUAAGAAGUAUAAUUCAUUAAUUUCUUUUAAUUUACGCAUAGUAACGCAACGAACAGUAAUACA